GUGUGUGAUCGCGGGGACCGAAUGGGUGGACACUUGCGCUUGCCUCCCUCAUCCGCAUCCCUAGCUCUCCUAAUUUCUUCUCUCUCUAGCAAAGCAAACAAGCAAUCAACCCUAGUGCUAGUGCUAGUGCUAGCGUAGCUUCUUCCUCCAACCCCACUCUAGCUACUACCACCACCAGCUCGUCCACCGGGGACGUUAAUCCGAUUGCCUGAUCACUCCAUCAGCUAGCUAGCUGAGGACAGGAACCUCACCUCGGUUCUUACUCACUAUAGUCAGUCAGCUACUCAGCUCCAUGAUUCCACCUAUGCGGUAUACGCUUGCUAGUCAGGACUAGCCCCGGACCUCAAGAUUCAGAGAUCAGCUGGAGUAGUAAGCUAACUAUCCGUCCCCACCACCGCGGCAGGACGAUACCGCGCCGCGUGGGCGAUCUGCAAGUACCACCACCGCAGGCAAGCAAGCUGCUUGCUGCUGCACAUGAUCAGGAUCAGAUCGCCCGGCCGCGAGAUCUGAUCCCAGCAGAGUUGUCUUGUCGCUGAAUUCUGCAGUUGCAAAGCAGCCGCUGCUCGACUGAUUGGUACUACGUGGCUUGCGUCGGAUCGAUCGAUCAAUCGAUCAGGGGGGAAUUGAAGAAGGAAGUUCAAUCAAGAAUUGGAGAUGAUGCUCAAGGAUCUGGCGACGAUCCAGCAGGCGGAGGAGAACAUGUCGAACCUGACCUCGGCGUCCGGCGACCAGACCAGCGUCUCCUCCCACCCGCUCCCUCCUCCUUCCAAGAAGAAGCGCAGCCUCCCCGGCAAUCCAGACCCGGAGGCGGAGGUGAUCGCGCUGUCGCCGCGAGCCCUGAUGGCGACGAACCGGUACGUGUGCGAGAUCUGCGGCAAGGGGUUCCAGCGGGACCAGAACCUGCAGCUGCACCGGCGAGGGCACAACCUGCCGUGGAAGCUGAAGCAGCGGAACCCGAACGAGGCGGUGCGGAAGAAGGUGUACGUGUGCCCGGAACCCGGGUGCGUGCACCAUGACCCGGCCAGGGCGCUGGGCGACCUCACGGGGAUCAAGAAGCACUUCUCCCGGAAACACGGCGAGAAGCGGUGGAGGUGCGACCGGUGCGGCAAGAAGUACGCCGUGCAGUCCGACUGGAAGGCCCACUCCAAGGUCUGCGGCACCCGCGAGUACCGCUGCGACUGCGGCACCCUCUUCUCACGGAGGGACAGCUUCAUCACGCACAGGGCGUUCUGCGACGCGCUGGCGGAGGAGAGCGCGAGGGCCACAGUGGAGGGGCAGCAGCAGCUUCAAGUUCAAGGGAUGCUCUUCUCGCAUGCCGGUGGCGACGAGGCCGGGUUCCAGAUGCCGGUGCUGGACCCGGCGGCGCAGCAGCAGCAGCAUCUUCAAGGGAGCCAGCUGAUCCACGAACUGUGCCUAAAGAGGGAGAAUCAUCAUCAUCAGCAGCAGCAGCAGCAAUUCGCGCCGUCGUCGUGGCUGUCGGAGCAGCAGCAGAUUGAGAUGGCCGGUGGAGAGCAGGGCGCCUCGUCCCCGGCCAUGUUCGUCAACGGGACGCCGGCCGCGGAGAGCAGCAGCACGCAGCAGCAGCCAGGGCCAGGCAGCGGCGGCACGAGCUCCUUCGCGUUCUCGUCUCCGGCUCCGGCGCACAUGUCGGCGACCGCGCUGCUCCAGAAGGCGGCGCAGAUGGGCGCCACGCUCAGCCGCCCGUCGUGCCAAGGCCAGAUGGCCGCGGCCACCCUCAGCACCAAUGCACCAGUACUAGAAGCUGUUGCUACCACUAGCAACAACGCCAACAACCUGACAGGCACUGCCACUGCCAUUGGCGCCGGAUUCGGCGUGCAAUUGCCAAGGACGAACCGAGCUGCCGGCGGCAACGACGGUCUCACGAGGGACUUCUUGGGGCUCCGGGCCUUCUCCCAUGGGGACAUGCUUGGCAUGGCCGGGUUCGAUCCCUGCGGCAUGCCGACGUCGGCCUCGGCCUCGGCCUCGGCGGCGGUGGUGUAUGAUCAGCAAGGCGGCGGACACCAUCAGAGCGGCAGCAAGCCAUGGCAUGGCUAGCUAGCGAUCAACUUAAUUCGCAAUCGGCUGGAUCGCCAUUAAUCGUUCGAUGAGCUGAGCCAAACAAUCCAAUGUGACGCGCCAUUCGUGGACUACUCAUUGUACGUCUUCGAAGGCCUGGCAUUGCUCCUCCAUCACAAAAGACAAAGGUUAAUCACCGGGUAAGUGGAGUCAGGUCGAUAGUAUCUAGUUCGUUCUUUUUGUUUACUGCGUACUCCAUUUGAUCUUCUUUUGGGAGGAAAUGAGGAAUGCGCUGUCCAAAUGCAAUGGAGGAGAGCUAUAGAUACGGAACUUGCAAAACGUACAAGUAUUAUUUGUCCAUGCUAUAUACCAUAGUCAAUUCAUGUUCCCCGUUGUAAUAAAUAAAGAUUUAGCCCUUAUUCUCAUAAAGUCAUGCUCGUAAUUACCCGUAUUAAUCCUA